AUGGUGGUGUGCAUCCCCGAGACGACGCAGAGCGCGUCGGCGUCUUCGAGCGUGGCCAGCGCCACCGACAGCGCCAACCUGUUCGGCCGGCGGCUGCUGCAGCUGGCCAGCGCCAGCAGCAACAGCUCCGAGGAUGGCUACGUGCAGCUCGAGAACGAGUUCCCGGGCGCCGUGGCCAUCGCCACGAUCGUGAACGCGCUGUCCUUGCUGGGCUUCGCCUUCAUCCUCAUCACGUACCUGCUCUUCCCGCCCGUGCGCAAGCAGCACUCGUCGCUGCUCGUGUGGGUGGCGCUCAUGGGCAUGCUCUUCCACGGCACCGUGCUGGCCCAGAUGUCCGCGACCUACGGCAACUGCUGCACCACGGCUCCCGUGGUCCAGUUGGCGCUGCUCUCGCACGAACUGUACUUCUUCGCGCUCGCUUUCAACUUCUACUUCACGACCAAGUACCCGUUCCGCUCGUCGCGGUGGCUGAACCCCAUCUACCACGUGACGGUCUGGGCCAUCAGCAUCGCGGUGGCCAUCGUGGCCUGGCAGCUCGGCACAGGUCGAGUCAGCUCCUACGGCUACUGCUGGUACGCGACCGAGUACGACGGCGACAGCGACGACGGCGAGUUCAUCCUUCUGGAGAUCUUCUUCAUCCCCAUUUGCGCCGGGUACUGCAUCAGCAUCGGCUGCUACAUUCUUGCCACCAAGCGGGUUCGACUCACAAUGGGCGGGAGUGCCCAAACUCGCACGAAUCUGGACUCGAUGCGCAGCUUUCUGUUCUGGAGCUUCUCCCUGUGGAUGAUCGUGACGAUCCCGUACAUCCUGCGGCAUCGCAACGUAGUGACUACUAAUUCAGCGGCGGAGAAGGCCCUGCGCUUUAUGGGACGGGUGGCAAUCGCCUUCUUGGGCACAGGCAGCGCCUUACUGUGGACUAAAUCGAUGGGCAUACUGAAAACGUUCAAGCUGUGGCGACAGCGCAACUGGGACGACUACUUCAAGGUGUAUGAUGCAUCGUGGGUCCUGCGUCGCGAGAUCUUGUAUUUCGCAACCAAGGGUAUCCAGCUCGGAGCCAGCAGCGCUAAAGGUAUCCCUGAGAACGAGAGCAUCAACCCGAACGUCGAGUCGAUCUUCUCCUUUACGCAGCGGUCGGGUAUCUUCCCGUGGCAACUGCGACUUGGUGUGGUAUCACAAACCCCGAGUGUUUUGUCUUUUGAGCUCGAUGGCGCCACAUCCGGCCAGAAAGCUAUUUUCCGUGACUUUGAACCGGAGGUCUUCCACGAAAUCCGUCGGAUGUCGGGUAUCUCCCGUGAAAGCUACAUUCAAUCCUUCAAGGGGAGCACUCGAGAACGAUUCAGCGAGGGCAAGAGCGGCUCUUUCCUCUAUUACACCGGUGACCAGACGUACAUCCUCAAGACGUGCACUCCAGCCGAGCAGAAGUAUCUUCUGUAUAUUCUGCCUCAGUACAUGGCACACCUCCGGCGCAAUCCGAACAGCUAUCUCUGCCGUUACGUGGGCUGUCACGAGCUGGUGAUGGAGCACCACUCGGUUCUGUUUAUCGUGCUGACCAAUAUUUUGAACAACCCAAGCGUGAACAUCGACGAACUGUACGAUCUCAAGGGCGCGUGGGUGGGUCGUCACCGUGGCGACUCGCCGAGCGGAACGCAACGAGUGUGUAAGUUCUGUGGUCACGAUUUCGUCGUGGGCAUGUCCGAGGAGACGUGCUCUCUGAACCCCAACACUGGAUUUGGCCAUGCUGAGUUUGUUGUGGGAAAAGAUCUGAACUGGUCGUGUCGUCGGCUUGGGCUUCCGACUGAUGUAGCGGAGCAACUCGGCAGUCAGUUAUACGCAGAUACGGAGUUUUUACAGCGCAUGAACUCGAUGGAUUACAGCCUGGUGAUCGGAUUGAGUCGGCACAAGUCAUUUUCGACUUCCAGCGGUGGCGGUACUGUGCUUUCGCGCAGCGGUGGACCGACGGUGAAAGGGAAGCUGUUUGUCGGCGGCAAUAGCAGUGACGAGGCUGGUUACUUGGAGUCGCUGAGCCCUAACGGAGCGACCCUGCAAGGUCUCAGCCACCCUAGGACCAACGUUGCGCCGUUUGCUGCAGACGCGUGCGUCGUGAACAUGGGCAUCAUCGACAUUUUGACUCCGUGGUCUUUCAAGAAGAGCCUUGAACGCUGGGUGCGUGUUCGUUUGCAAUGUCGCGACGCUAAGGGCAUAUCGUGCAUGAAGCCCAUCCCGUACGCGGACCGGUUCCGGCGAAACGUUAUCGACACUGUGAUCUUCGGUCGCCGCCUAGGCUCCAAAAGACGCAUUCCAGAGAAACAGCAAGGGGAGUCGAUUAUGGUGGACUUUACCAGCAUGUCCAUGGACGUAAACUUCUCUAUGGACAUCGCAAACCUGUCAAUUGACACGUCGAACCUCUCGAUGGAGAUUUAG